CGGUCGUUGACAUCACCGAUCACUGCAGCCAUGAACAGGAGCCUUGCACAGACUCUGCUGGGCACGGCAACCCUAGCGAAGCCCUUGAUACCACCAAGUAGAGCACUCCGACAAGUGCAGCUCCAUUCGAUCGCCGCGAGGAGUCGACCUGCACAGACGAAAUGGCCGAGCUCAUCGCAACCGAGGCAUAACUCAUCUUACGACUAUGACGAAGCCACUCGUGCGCCACCUCCCUCUGCACUCUCCCGACUGUCAGGUGCAACGAUCGUACUAGCAUGCAUUCCUCUCGUUGCAUUUGCACUCGGAUCAUGGCAGAUCAAACGGCUCAGGUGGAAAGUAGCCCUCAUCGACGAGCUAGAGGAGAAGCUACAGCGGGACACACUCAGGCUGCCGCGCAAAGUCAACCCCGAAGCGAUACCUGAGUUUGCCUGGCGCAAGGUAUACGUCGAAGGCGAGUUUGACCACUCAAAGGAGAUCUUGCUCGGGCCAAGGACAAAGGACAACGUGCUGGGCUACUUCCUCAUCACCCCUCUUCGACGCGAAGGAGGCGAGACCAUCCUCGUCAAUCGCGGCUUCGUCCCCCGGGAGAAGAUGGAUCAAUCCACCCGGCCAGAGUCUCUCACAGCAGGUCUGUUUCGCAUGGUGGGCAUGUUGCGUACGCAAGACCGCAAGAACAUGUUCACACCGCCCAACUCCCCCGAACGAGGCCAGUGGAAUUUUGCAGACAUCGACGCCAUGGCCCACUACUGCGGAGCCUCACCCGUGCUCGUUGACGAUAUCUUUGAAGGACAUGCAGGCGAGUCUGCUGCGCAGCUACAGCGAGGCAUCCCAGUCGGUCGAUCUGCAACGAUUGAGCUGCGCAACAUGCACGCAACGUACGCAGUCACCUGGUAUGCAUUAUCGGCCAUCACCGCAGUCAUGCUCGUCCGCUUGUUACGGCGUGCUCCAGCGAGAGGCAAGACAUUUGCGAAUACAAAGCUACCUCAAUAGCAAUGCACCC